GAAUUAAGGGAUUCUAACGUCUGGAAUACAAGCCAGGUUAGUUAAAAUUCAAGACCAGUGGAAGUUUUUCUGGGGAUUUCCAUUGUUUUCUCCUGGUGUCGCACUGGAGUGAAAAGUUGCACCUCCAAAUCUAUCAACUCGGAGGAGACUGACAGGUGCGACUCGCACCAACACGGGAGCGGCGAAUUCUGCCCUAAACUUUAGAAAACCCGGCAGAAGAUGGGCACGCAAGGCCACUGUAAAGGUAGACUUCUCAACAGAGCUCUGUAUGAAGUUGCGUUUCGCAGCAAGUAAAGAAGUUAGGCAAAAUGAUUCUCGCACCCAGCAGUCGGCGCGCCCCGCAGAAACGUGGAGCUGGUUGCUUUCUCCGAUACGAACCAGUCGACCUGCCCCAAACGCCCACUCCUUUGCCGGAGGGGCCGACCUGUCAUCGCUGCAGCAGGUCGCCUUUUCCCUACACCCGGAACCACAAGAAACCAGUUCGGAGCCGUCGCAAUGGUAAGACGGGUCUCUCCCGGUUUCCUGAGGCUGAGCCCCGCACGAGGGCCUCACCUGUGGGUAGAGGUGCUGCAAUGAACUGCUCCCGCGAAACACCCUCGAGCCGAGGUACCUGGAGGCGCUGCCCGGUCAUGGUUACUCACGCUAUGCUUCUUCAAAGGCCUCGGAACUUCGGCUCCAAAGCGUUCGUCAGCGUGUGAUCCGCUCGGAAACACGACUCGGAGAGAAAAGGUCCGCGAGUCCGGCGGACUCCAGAGGACAGCUAGUUCUGAGCGCCCGGCGGGAACCAAGGGCCUGUGCAUGGCCUGUGUGCUGGAGAGCGGGGAUGGGCGGAUUCACCAGAGUGUGGCAGCAACAGGCCAGCUUUGCUCUCCAGUCCCUGUUCGGAACUGCUGAGGUGGUUCCCAUCGACUUCCUUUCAACAGGGCACAGGCAAGCCGAGGGGUGAAAGGUCAUAAACAUGGCGCUGGCCUCCCGUCUGCUACUCUGUCCGCUGUUGUCCCGGUCGUUGCCCGGCGGGGUUAUCCGACUCCGGGGCACCCGGUGCAGCAGAGGUGAGGCCGCGGUUAGCCGGACUUUGUUGCUUAUGCAGCCGCCACCUGGGCUCGGAGGGGUGCCGUUUCCUCGCAGCACUUGGAACCUGGAGGCCCUGGUGCUGCCUCCUCGGGGCCGCCGGCCGACCCCUGCUCAGCCCCCCGAGACUCCCCCGCAGCCCUCGCUGCUUUCCCCUGCUUGCCCUCGGCGCGGCUACAGCACGGAGGAGCAGCCCCAGCAGCGCCAGAAAACCAAGAUGAUCAUUCUGGGAUUCUCCAACCCCAUCAACUGGGUUCGGACUCGAAUUUACGCUUUCCUUAUUUGGGCCUAUUUCGACAAAGAGUUCAGCAUCGCAGAGUUCUCUGAGGGGGCGAAGCAGGCUUUUGCUCAUGUAUCCAAGUUGUUGUCACAGUGUAAAUUUGAUCUAUUGGAAGAACUUGUGGCCAAGAGGUGCUUCAUGUAUUAAGAGAAAAGGUUUUCUUCACUACCCGAUAACCAUAAAAAUGCUCUUGCUGCUGACAUAGAUGAAAUUGUGUAUACAUCAACAGGAGACAUCUCCAUUUACUAUGAUGAGAAAGGAAGGAAGUUCGUUAAUAUCCUGAUGUGCUUUUGGUAUCUAACCAGUGCCAACAUCCCCAGUGAAACUUUGAGUGGAGCCAGUGUAUUCCAGGUUAAGUUUGGGGAUCAGAACGUGGAAACUAAACAGCUUCUUAGUGCAAGCUAUGAAUUUCAGAGGGAGUUACACAAGGAGUAAAGCCUGACUGGACCAUUGCACGGAUUGAACACUCAAAAUUACUAGAAUAAUCUUUCUUGGAAAAAUCAGCUUGUGAACUUUUAGCAACUGCUAUGAAGAACUAAGGAAGAAAUAAUUUGAAUCAUUUGAUCUUCACUUAAUCAAUUCUGGAGAUCAGAAGUCCAAAAUGGGUCAAAUAGGACAAGACUCUCUGCUGGCUAGAGGUAACUCAGAUGAAUUCCCAAAACUAUAGGAUUUCUGGGAACUGUUUGGCUCAUGACACUUGAUCACAUUUUGUUUGACUUCAUGGAGUCUCAUCAUAUACCUCAGUUCUAAUUAUUUUGUGUGUGUUUCUAAAAAAUAAGAUCAUUAUACCAUAAAUUAAUAAGAAACUUAUUAAUAUAUUCCAUAAUAUCAUCUAAUUUUAAACUGUAUUUAAAGUUGCACUGAUUGUCUUUAAAAUGACUUUUAAAUAUCAAUAUCCAUUUUAAGUUUACAUAUUGCUUUUGGUAUUUAUGUCUUUUCUGUCCUUCUUAAAAAUUUAGAAUGUCUCCCAUCCUUUUUUAUGACAUUGCAAUUUUGAGGAGUCUAGAGUGGUAGACAUACAGCAAGUCCCAUCUCCUGAAUAUGUUUAAUUAUUUUAUUAUGGCAUCAUUUCUGUAAGCUGAAAGUUAGAGUUAAAGCUUGUUUAUAUCCAGGUUAAAU